GGUUGUCAAGACAUUCAUUUGCAAUCUAGACAGCAUCAAGGAUCUGUCUAUGAGAAAAAAAAGGCAGUUGUGUUUGACACGCAACUGUCUUAUUGGUGGUUCUGUCACAUAGGAACAUUCAAGCUGCUGUAAAAACUUCUCCUCGAGAUGCAGUUAAUUGGUCAUUGUCCAAACCUUCAAAAAUACGGUAUCCUGGUCAAUGGUCUUUGUAAGAGCCACAAACUCGAGGCAGCAAUUGCACUGCUUCGACAAAUGGAGGAACAGAAGAUGACUGAUAUUGUGAUUUACAGUACUCUCAUUGAUAGCAUGUGUAAGGGUGGGAGAGUUGAAUCUAUCAAGCAAUUGUUUUCUAGUCUACAAGAAUGGCGGUUGCAACCCAAUGUUGUGACAUAUAAGGCGCUGAUGAAUGGAUUAUGUAGGGCUGGCCAAAUAAGCGAAGCCUGUGAGUUGAUUAUAGAAAUGAAAGAGAAAGGAUUCUCUCCAAGUGCUGGCACUUCCAAUAUCUUGACACGAGGGCUUCUUAAGCAGAGCGAAAAUUCGAAGGCGACUGAAUUAUAUCACGAGAUGGUGGAUAAUGGUUUCUCUGCAGAUGCAUCAAGGGUAGAACUGCUAUUCGAGAUUAUAGACCAGCAAGAGAUUGGAGGUUGAGGCUGAGAUUAAGUCAGAGGUUCUGGAAGCGAAAAGUAGCUCGCAAACGGAACGGUCAUGUCAAAGUUUGGAUGAUAGGGCGUUGCCUCAGGUUAGAACAGCUUAGAAGCUACAUAUUUUCUGAUUAACUGAUGAACUUCCAAGCUCUGAUUCAUUAUCGUCUUUUAAGUUUUUAUAUAUAUGAUGGAUGAACUUGCAUUUAGCUGAAAUGAUCAGGCACGUGAAUAGAAAAACAUGAUUUCCUGAAAGACAGGAAGAGGGGGACAUUGCCCCGUUCUUAAAAUUGUGAGCAGGGACUUCGGAGCGGUGACCUAUUUUGUCUUACCAGUUCAGAUUUUUGUUGUUCUCUUCUUGCAAGUCUUUAAACGAUCCCAUGUGAGCAAACUAUUAGUCAGACAUGAGCCUUGAAAUUUGUAUGCUAGAUGUAGCUCGAGUUUCGGCUUUUGAAGAUUCAAAGUGGGUGCAGAGUCGGAGAGAUGCUUGGAUCGAGCUCCUGAGAUUUCGGGUUAGAUCCCUCAGCAAAGAUCCUUUUUUGUCCGUACAGAAGAAUUUGUAACACAAUACA